AUGGAUUUGAUCAUGGACAAGUUUCAUGCUGAGCCUGCGAUGGCGUUCGCGGCGGAACGGCCGUUGCUGGCAAGAUGUGCCAUCGUCGGUGUCUGUGGAAUCCUGGUUCAUCACAUUGUCUUCAUUAAAAACGAAUGGCAUAUGCAGGGACCGCGGAUUAUUAAGACUGCAAUCGCUGCAUAUGCCGUUUUGGCUCUUCUGGAGGCAAGAAAGACCCUGAGUGUUGCCGCUUUCGGACAUGCCGGCCUCAUCGUGGGCAGCUUUGUCUCUUGUCUUCUGCUUAGCAUUGCUGCUUAUCGUCUCUUUGCUCACCGUACACGUCACUUCCCUGGUCCUCGUUUGGCAGGUCUGACCAAAUUGUGGCAUAUGUACCAAUGCCGCAAUGGACAGAACCAUUUGGUCCUGGAGAGAAUGCACCACGAGUAUGGUGACUUUGUCCGGACUGGCCCCAAUGAGAUUACCGUUUUCCAUCCAAUUGGACUGUCUUUGCUUGAUGGCCCAGGCAGCAAAACCAGCAAGUCUGUCUGGUAUGACUUCCUCCUGCCCAACGUGGGUGUGACCACCAUCCGUGACCGAGGCUGGCAUGACCAACGUCGCCGUCUUUGGAUCAAGGGUUUCUCCAACAGUGCGAUGGUGAAAUACCAGGAGCACAUUGAAAGCCACGCCAAAGACAUGGAUGCUAUCAUUGCCAGCGCCAAGGGCAGCCCAGUUCCUAUUUCCACGUACAUUUACUGGUUCUCUUUCGACAUCAUGGGCCUCUUCGCCUUCUCCCGCUCCUUUGACAUGAUUAACAGUGAGCAUUGGCACUACAGCAUUCGCAACCUGCGAAAAGCCAUGACUCUGUUGGGCCCUUUCUCCUGCGUGCCCUGGGCAGCACAGAUUGGGUUCUGGUUGCUCAAGGGAUUCUGGGUGGUGAAAGACUGGGACACUAUGAUCGCUUGGUGCGCCAAUCAGAUGAAGCUGCGCCUUGAUCAACCUGAUUCCCACGACGUGGCGCAGGGGAUCAUCGAAGACUCCAGAAAGAGAGGUACAUUGAAAGAAGACCAAGCACAGCUUGUAGGAGAUGCAAUCGUAGCUAUAGUAGCUGGAAGUGACACCGUUGCCCCCACUCUUGUCUUUGCGAUCUACCAAUUAGCCUUGAAUCCUGACAAGGCUGAAAAAUUGUAUCAAGAAGUCAAGGACGUGAGCAUCAGAGACCUGCCCACUCUCAAGAAAUUGCCCUAUCUCAACGCAGUCAUCAUGGAGACCUUGCGUCUCCACCCUGCUGUCCCAACGGGAGGUAAUCGGGACACUCCGCCUGAAGGUAUGAUGAUCGAUGGCACUUUUAUUCCGGGGAACACGACAAUUGUCGCCCCGCGUUAUGUUCUGGGUCGACUGGAGAGCUGCUUCGUUCGCGCGAAUGAAUGGAUCCCUGAACGGUUCGAUGGUACUCAGCCCGAGUUGGUCAAGGACACCCGAUCAUUCCUACCGUUUGCCCAAGGUCGCUAUACCUGCCUGGGUAAGGACGUCGCAAUGAUCGAGAUGUGGACAGUCCUCUCGAUCCUCGUUACGAAAUAUCGCUUCGAUUUCCCUGCUGGUCAGCGUGAGAAGUAUAUUGAAAACGUGGAGGGAAAAAUGCGAGACCAGUUUACAGCUACACCGGGUGAUCUGGCCCUGGUGUUUACCAAGAGAGACAAUGUUGCGUGA